AUGCCUCUGGAUGCAGGUGAAAUGGAGGAGCAAAAACUACCAGACUGCGGCCACACAAGCGGGAAAACCCACAGCCAGUUUAAUCCAUCUGUGAAAGGCUUUGACAUUACAAGUGAAUGGUCAUUUAGAUCAGGGCUUUCCAGCAAUGAUACAAAAGAGAAAACUUUGGGGGCAGCUGCAGAAUAUGGGGUUACCCUGCUGGUGUGGGCUGUAGAUCUGGAUCUUCACUACAGCGACCAGGUGGCGUUGAUGCAGAUGUUGCUGUACGUAACCAAUGGGAAGCUGGACAACCAGUCGAGCCGCUUUGAAGUGCAGCUUCUUCCCAGGAAACCGAAAUUCUGGCAAGUCAAGAAGAAGCCGCCCCAAACGGCUUCCACAGUCAGCCGCUGCGCUGUCAUGACCAGUUCGAUGUGGCACACCAGCCUCUCCUUCAUCUACUACAGCGUUUUCUUCAAAAUGUGCAAGGCUCACGGGAUCGGCUAUGACGUCCAGCAAAAAGAAGGAACAAUUUUUACGAUUUUUGAAGAACAGAAGAGGCAUAGAUUUGGAAUGUUAACAAUUGGAGAACAUCUCCAGGGGGUCCUGAUGACCUUUGCUCACCAUCUCUUCAUCAUCUAUCAAGAAUUAUCAGCACCUAAUAUGCAUGCCGAGACCAAUUUUAAGGGAGCAGUCCAAGAUGUCGAAACUAUCUUGGGAGUUGCAGAACACAACAAGCUCCGGUUUGACGAAGAGGAGGAAGAGGAGGCCUCCCGAGCACAGGCUCCCACAAAAUAGAGAGUUAAAUAUCCACUUUUUUUCUGCAAGCCACAUCUCUUGUCCACGUGUUUAAAUCCUUCAUCAUGUUGCCAGAGCCACGCUGCAGUAAACGUUCAACAUGGAACAAAAUAGCGUUUUGGAUUUUUGGAGGAACAUCUUCGUUGAAGAUGUACAGAUGCCGCUCUGAAUCCCAGCGCCAGAGACAUUUCCUCACUGGGAAUUAUAUCAGAUACAAUUUCUCUGCUUUGGCUUGAGGGGAUAUUGAUUUAUUCUUCCAAUAAAAUGCAAAUGAGUUUAUUUUUAAAAAGCAGCUUGGCCUCGGCGGUUGUGUUGUGGAGGGGACGAAAAGGAGAACCGGCGGCUUUAAUUCUCUCGAUGGACACAAUACAGGUUUCUCAGGAGUCCAUUCAGAAGGAAAACUGAUAAACUUUUUAAAAUUCUUCACGCGGGGUAGGAUUGUCUGAGAACACAGCUAGUGGAUGAGGCUGUCCUGUGUGUGUGCCAUCAAGUCACGGCUGAUUUAUGACGAUCCCACAAGGUUUCACAUUGGGUUUAUCGUUGGUUUGCCUUUGCCUGCCUCACCUGGGCUGAGAGUUCUGAGAG